GUUUGCGACAGCUCCUCCUAUAUGUGUCUUUGGUAGUGCAGGGUCUGUCGGUGGGUGUGAUUAAUUAUUAGGUCGGUUGGGAUUCCCAUUAAGGCCUCAAAUUUUCUUGCUUUCUAGUCGCCAAACACAGAAACACUACCUUCGUCGUCUCUGUUGAUCUCUCGAUCUGUUGCUACUAGAUUCGAGAGGCGACUCUUAUGCUCCGAACUCGGCUACGUGAGCAAUUGAUCUUGAAUCACCGACGCGUAAUUGGACUGCGAUCGAACCGCCGGAAACAAGAUUUUUAGUCUACGUUAUCGAUUGGCAUUUGGAGUUGGCUUUAGAAAUUUGACGGACAUCGGGAUAUCUUUGUCUGCAUGGGAAAGAAAACAUCUCAGACGGAAGGCGACGAGAAAGGCGAAAAGAGGAACGAGGAUUAUGGCUUGAAGCAGGUAGAUAAUGAGAAAAAUGCUUUGCGUACUGACUUGGAGAAUGGAUUUACGUUGAGUGAUGAAGAUAAGAAAAGGAAGAAAAAGAGACAUGAUGUUAGUUGUGAUGAUGUGGGAUUCAGUGAUGUACAGGAUGUAAUCUUAGAGGGCAAUAUACAAAAUGAUGGUAUUGAGAUUGAGAAGAAUCGGGGGAAGAAAAAAAUAGAAGAAAAAAGGAAUGAACAGAAAUUUGUGAAGGCUGGACAGAAAGAUAGGAGAAAUGACAAUGAGGGAGCAUUUAAUAUGGUGGAAGAAGCUUUAAAAGCAACUGACAUUCGUAAAGCGAAAAACAUUAAUGUCCAAAAAAAUGACCAGGAGGAUUUAGAAAGCUCUAUUGAGUUGGAAGCAACAAAAGAAACGAAGAAGAAGCACAGGGAGAAUAAGAACAAAGGUAGAAUUAUCACGACUUCUUCUGUGAUUGAUGACCUUGAAAGGGGAAGAACGGAAAAGAUUAAGGGGCAGAGAAUCCAUGAGAAUGAAGAAAUUCCUAAAGUUUAUACUGGUGAAGAUGCGAAUAUGAAAAAGAACAAGGAUAAAAGAAAGAGGGACAAGGAUGAUGACUGUAACAUGGAAAGGAUGACUGAUGGAGAAGAGAUUGUGAUGAAUGAUGGGGAAGAGCGAUAUCAAAAGCGGGAGAAAAAACUGAAGAGGGAUAAGGAUGGUGGUCAUAUCAUGGAUAGAAAUAACGUAACUGAUGGGGAGGGAAAAAAGCUGCUGGUUGGGAAUAUAAUGGAAAAGGCAGAGUCUUCAAGUAAGGAAAGGAAGAAAAAGCAGAAGAAGAUGAAAAAUCAUGAUGGUGCACUGGAAGCUUUGUCACCAGAGAUUUCUGCUGAGGAGCCUAAUGAACAGAAACAGAAAGAGUUUUUACAGCAUGAAGGAGAUACAUGUUUGACUAAGAAUGUGGACAGAAAAAUUAAAGUUGAUGCUUCAAACGAUAACUGCUACAAGAAGAAGAUGAAGAAGAAGCAGAAAAAGAAGCAGCAAGAGGAUGAAGAGAAAGAGAAGAAUAAGACGCAGUCAAUUGAAAUUCAUUCAGAUGAACAAGGUCGUGAAGGAGUGCAAAGAACCAGAAAGGAUGAUGAUAUUAUUACUCCAUCAGAAAAAUCUAGAAGCAAAGACAAAACUAAGAGAGUAAGUUUUAAUGAUCAUCCGGAGGUUUUUCCAUUAUCUGAUGGUCUUAGUAAUGAGAAGUAUGAUCAGGAAGAUGGCCUAGUGCGUGGCAAGCGAUUCUCGCCUCAGGAAGAUGAGAUGGUUAAAGACGCUGUUUUAAAAUAUAUAGAGGCUCAUAGGUUAGGUGAAGAAGGUCUGGAGAUGGUUUUAUACUGCAAAUCUCACCCUGAAACAAGGCAUUGCUGGAAGGAAAUAGCUGCUGCCUUACCUUGGAGGCCCCAUGAAAGUGUAUAUUAUCGAGCCCAUACUUUGUUCCAAAGAAGCGAGAAGCGUCAAUGGACUCCUAAAGACUAUGAAGAUGUCAGGAAUUUCCAUGAAAAACAUGGAUCAGACUGGAAAAAGCUAGCUGUUAAAAUGGGAAAGCAUAGGAUUCAUGUAAAGGAUACAUGGCGUAGAAUAAAAUUGCGCAAUACAAGGAAAGGACAUUGGUCCCAAGAUGAGUACCAGAAUUUGUUUGAUUUAGUAAAUGUGGAUCUCUAUAUGAAGGCUUUACAGGAAAAGAAAUCCAAGCAUGGGAUGCUACGAGAUAAUAUCAGCUGGGAGGCUAUUAGUGACAAGUUAUUAACCAGAGCCAGUCCACUUUGCUGCAUGAAAUGGUAUGACCAAUUAACAUCACCUAUGGUUGCUGAAGGUAAAUGGUCUGAUACGGACGAUUAUCGCUUGCUGAUUGAGCUUAAUAAGUUGGAUGCUUGCUGCAUGGAAGAGGUAGACUGGGACAAUCUCUUGGAGCAUAGGUCUGGAGAUAUAUGUCGAAAGAGAUGGGGGCAAAUGGUCAAACACUUGGGUGCAUAUGGUAACAAGUCAUUUGCUGAACAAGUUGAAGUUCUUUCUAACCGGUAUUGCCCAGAUGUACUUGAACCAAGAGAGAUAUAUGAGAGCAAACCUCACGUUCCAUGAAAUCAGCAUCCGAUAAUGUGUUUCUGUCCUCAAUUGGUUAUCUCCCGAAGAACCAUUGUUGCAGCCCACAGAUCUGCAUUCCAUGAACAUUGCUACUCAGUAUUGAUGUAUCCUUUAGUCUCUUUUCUGUUCUUCCUGUUGUACUCUUGUUCCUUCCAUCCAAGUCUUAGUAACUGUUAUGUAAGUUGAAUUAUCUAAUGUUUGUUGGGUAGUAUUUGCAUCAUAAUAAUAUUUGCUCUCUUUUCUACUUA